AAACUACAGAAGAUGGGUUUCUCAUCCUACAUGCUCAUACUAACUUUGUCUUUUUUCUCUCAAGCAUUUUUGCUUUCAGCAUCAAAAUCCAUGAGAACCGUGGAGGACGACGCGCUCCUGACUCCAUUUGGCCUGGGUAAAUCCCUUCAGAAGGAAGACAUGGCAGACAAAUCUGGAGCUGUGCCUUCCCUUGAACAUUAUAAAUCCGAGGAGGGUGGUUUUAUCAAUGAAGAGGAGAGCAGAAAUCCAAAGAAUGUAGGCUUCAAACAUAGUUUCUUAAACCGUGGUCUGCCGUUGAACCUAGCUCUUAAGCAGCUCCCAUAUCUUGCACUGAAGGGAUCAGUGGCUUUUCCAGCUGACAAUGGAGUUCAGAAUAUUGAAUCAACACAGGAAAGGAGAGAGAUUGGGGAUGAAGAAAACUCAGUUAAAUUUCCAAUAGGAAGGAGAGAUUUUGACAGUGAGUAG